GCUGGUUGCAGUUUCGAUUUUUCCUCUGCUGCUGAGACUCUUCGGCAGCUCCGCCUCCUUAGCGCCUGGGAAGUCACUCCCGGCGGAGCAAAAAGCGAGAGGGGCGCAGGUGAGGCGGGGACCUGUCGCGAGCGGAGCCGCCGGCAUGACGGCGGAGCAGCGGAGGAAUCUGCACGCCUUCGGUCACUAUGUCAGGAGGACGCUGGACCCUACCUACAUCCUGAGCUACAUGGCCCCCUGGUUUAGUGAGGAUCAGCUCCAGUAUAUUCAGGCUGAGAAAAACAACAAGGGUGCAAUGGAGGCUGCCUCGCUUUUUCUGAGGUUCCUAUUGGAGCUCCAAGAGGAAGGCUGGUUCCGUGGCUUUUUGGAUGCCCUUCACCAAGCAGGUUAUUCUGGGCUUUAUGAAGCCAUUGAAAAUUGGGAUUUCCAAAAAAUCGAAGAAUUGGAAGACUAUCGAUUGCUUUUAAUGCGUUUACAACCAGAAUUUAAAAUCAGAAUUAAUCCAAAAGAUAUCCUUCCUGAAAUAUCUGAAUGUUUAAUUAGUCAGGAAUAUGAAGAAAUUCUACAGGUUUGUUCCAACAAGGGGUCGAUGGCAGGUGCAGAGAAAAUGGUUGAAUGCCUUCUCAGAUCAGACAAGGGAAACUGGCCCAAAGCUUUGAAACUUGCUUUGGAGAAAGAAGAGAGCAAGUUCAGUGAACUAUGGAUUGUAGAGAAAGGUGCAGAAGAUGUUGAAAUCAAAGAGUCUGAGGAUGAUGAAGUGGAAACCGAUGUGCAGAUUUUUUACAAGGAAGAACCAGAAUGCCAGAAUCUUAGUCAGAAUUCAUGUUCACCUUCAGGAAUGUCUCAGACUUACAGCCCAAUGAAGCCAAGAAAUUACCAACUAGAACUCACUUUGCCUGCUAAGGAAGGAAAAAAUGCAAUAAUAUGUGCUCCGACUGGUUGUGGAAAAACCUUUGUUUCACUUCUUAUAUGUGAACAUCAUCUUAAAAAAUUUCCAGAAGGACAAAAGGGGAAGGUUGUUUUUUUUGCUAUUCAACUCCCAGUAUAUGAACAGCAGAAAUCCGUGUUCUCACAAUAUUUUGAAAGACUUGGGUACAAAGUUGCAGGCAUUUCUGGAGCAACAUCUGAGAAUGUCUCAGUGGAACAGACUGUUGAGAACAAUGAUAUCAUCAUUUUAACUCCACAGAUUCUUGUGAACAGCCUUAAAGAUGGGACUGUCCCAUCACUCUCUGUCUUUACUUUGAUGAUAUUUGAUGAAUGCCACAACACCAGUAAAAACCAUCCUUAUAAUAUGAUCAUGUUUAAUUAUCUAGAUCAGAAAUUUGGAAGAUCUUCAGACCCACUGCCCCAGGUCAUUGGGCUGACGGCAUCAGUUGGCGUUGGGGAUGCCAAAAACACAAAUGAAACCAUAGAGUAUAUCUGCAAACUGUGUGCUUCCCUUGACACAUCAGUGAUAGCAACAGUCAAAGAAAACGUGGAAGAACUGGAGGAAAUAGUUUAUAAACCCCAGAAAGUUUUCAGGAAAGUGGAAUCACGGACUACUGACAGAUUUAAAUGCAUCAUAUCUCAGCUGAUGUGGGAGACAGAAAGUCUGGCAAAGAGUGUCUUUGAUGAAAUUGGUACCAUAAUUCCUGAAAAAUUAUCUCAAAUUCAAAAUAGGGAUUUUGGAACACAGAAAUAUGAACAAUGGAUUGUUGCAGUUCAGAAAAUGUGCAUGGUGUUUCAGAUGCCAGACAAAGAUGAAGAGAGCAGGAUUUGUAAAGCAUUGUUUUUGUAUACUUCACAUUUGCGGAAAUAUAACGAUGCUCUCAUUAUCAAUGAGCAUGCACGAAUGAAAGAUGCUCUGUAUUACUUGAAAGAGUUCUACAAUAAUGUCCGAGCAGCAGGAUUUGAUGCAACGGAGCAACAUCUCACGCAGAGAUUUGAAGAAAAGUUGCAGGAACUAGAAAGUGUUUCCAUGGAUCCCAGGAGUGAGAACCCUAAACUUAAAGAUCUCUGCUUCAUCUUGCAAGAGGAGUACCACUUAAACCCAGAGAGUAGAACCAUUCUGUUUGUGAAAACCAGAGCACUUGUGGAUGCUUUAAAGAAAUGGAUUGAAGAAAAUUCUAAACUCAGCUUUCUAAAACCUGGCAUAUUGACUGGACGUUGCAAAACAGAUCAGAACCUAGGAAUGACCCUCCCAGCGCAGAAGUGUGUGUUGGAUGCAUUCAGAGCCAAUGGAGAUAACAAGAUGCUGAUCGCCACCUCAGUAGCUGAUGAAGGACUCGACAUUGCUCAUUGCAAUCUGGUCAUUCUGUAUGAGUAUGUGGGCAGUGUCAUCAAAAUGAUCCAAACCAGAGGCAGAGGAAGAGCAAGAGGUAGCAAGUGCUUUCUUGUGACUAGUAAUGCUGAUGUAAUUGAAAAAGAAAAAGUAAACAUAUGCAAAGAAAAAAUGAUGAAUGACUCUAUUUUACGCCUUCAGUCAUGGGAUGAAGCAGUAUUUAAAGAAAAGGUUUGCAAGAUACAAAGUCAUGAAAAAUUCAUCAGGGAUAGUCAAGAAAAGGUAAAACCUGUACCUGAUAAGAAAAAUAAAAAACUGCUCUGCAAAAAGUGCAAAGCUUUUGCAUGUUAUACAGCUGAUAUAAGAGUGGUGGAGGAAUGCCAUUACACUGUGGUUGGAGAUGCUUUUAGGACAUGCUGUAUAACUAAAUUACACCCCAAACCAAAGAGCUUUGGGAAUUUUGAGAAGACAGCAAAGAUCUUCUGUGCCAGACAGAACUGCAACCAAGACUGGGGAAUCUAUAUGAAGUACAAGGCAUUUGAAAUUCCAGUUAUAAAAAUUGAAAGUUUUGUGGUGGAAGAUGUUGCAACUGGUGCUCAGAAACUGUAUGCAAAGUGGAGAGACUUUCAUUUUGAGAAGAUGCCAUUUGGCCCUGCAGAAAUGUCCAAAUGACCUCAAGACCUUAAUUUCCGCUAUAGGGAAUGGAUGAGCUUGAAGCAUUGUGAAGAUACUUUACCUAAGGCUAAUACCAUACUGAAUAUUUUUACUUAACUUCACCAUCUGUUUAUUGUUUUCAACAGUUUGUACUAUAAAGCACAAAUGAGUGAAUCACAGUACUGAAUGAUUUCAAUAGAGCUCCAAGUACUUGGGAAAAAUUAAAAAGCCUUAACUUCUG